AUAUAUUUAACUUGCUACAAUUGCUUUUUUAUUUGUUUUUGUGUAAGAUUCUUCUAAAGAGGAAACAUCCGCUCAAGUGGUGUUACAGUGUUUUUGAUCCCCCCUGUGAGCAGUCUUCACGUGAAGCGCCUUAAUUCAGCUGUUUAGUAGUUGUUUUCUUGUAUUUUGUCGCAUAUUUUUCAACAUGCAUGUAACACACGAGCUGGAGCUGUUUCCCGACAACAAUGUGACCCAGAUGCUUUUUAAAGAGGUCAAAAAUGCCGCUGAGUUGAGACAAAGUGCUGUGGAGGGUAAAUUAAACGCUGCCUUGAUCAACCCCACGAUGCUGGUGAAUCAUUUCCAAGUGCUGGUAGCUGCCAAUAAGGCUGUACAUUUACAGAAAUCAGGUAAAAUGAAGACGAAAAGUCUCUACUCUGAAAUAAUCUUCAACCUGUCGCCUACAAAUAAUAUUUCAGAGGCCUUUAAAAGGUUUGGGAUCUCAGAUGGCGAUGACGCUGUGAUGCUGGUCCUGGUCCACAGCAAAGAUGAGUCUCAGCUUGUUUCAGACCUUGCAGCCAGGGUGGAUGGACAGCAGGUUCCAGUGGAGGACCUUUCCUCACUGUCAGAUGCUGCAAAGAUAAAAAAGUUGUAUAAAAUCACUCCCCAGGAGGAAAAGUGUGGGACAGUUCUGGAUGCAGUUGUGUGCAGAAUGGCCACUAAGGAUGUCAUGUAACUGUAAAAGCUGAACCUGAGCUACUUCAAAAAGAUGUUUUAUUUUUGUAAGGGGUGUUGUGAACGGGGGGGUUGUGUUAACUACUCAACCACAUGGAAAGUUCAAGCCUUCAAAUUUAGGUUUUUCAUGUACAGAAAUGUACAUGUUCUUUCCUUUAGACCUUUUCUUUGUCAGUUUUUUUUUUUUGGAAAGUUGAAGGUGAGCAUUGAUAUUUUUGAUAUCAACCAUGUGAAACUGGGUUCAUAACAUCUGCAGCUGUUAAGAAUAUAAAAACAUUUAAUUAUGUAAAAGCAGCUUUUUAUUUCCUGUAUCUGAGGAUAAACCAACAAAAUACUUGAAAUUACACAUUUAUUUAAAUUUAUUACCUACUGCUUUGAUCAUUACUAUAAAUUCAUUAUCAUACCUGUUGUAGUUUAUGCUAAACAAGUAAUUAAUAAAGAUUCAUUUCUACUUCCA